UCGGACAGCGUCCGCAACGGAGAGUAGAAGAUGAGACUGACUGUAGCAGCCAUCACACUUGGCCUGGUCGCCCUGGCCAGCGGUGCUUACUAUCCCGCUUCCCAGCCCGUGACCGGAGUGAAGUACGCCGACAAGGACUUCCUGUUCAAGCAGAAGUUCUUCUUCGAAGUGCUGAGAAACAUCCAUCUCCCGCUGCAGUUCCAGGAAUACUUCCCGUACACUAAGACCUACAUCACCGAGGAGAGCAAAUAUGUGAACUUCCAAGAAGUGGUUGAGUUCUUCAACUACUACAAGGCCGGAUUCCUGGGCAAGGGAGAGCUGUUCAGCAUCUUCAACCAGGAGUACAUGAAGCAAACUUAUUUGCUGUUCACCUUCUUCUACAACUCCGUGGACUUCGACACCUUCUACAAGAACGUUGUCUGGGCUCGUGAGAAUGUGAACGAGGGCAUGUUCAUCUAUGCUUUGACCAUGACCGUCUUCCACCAUCCGGAAUACAAGGGCUUCGUUCUGCCAGCCGUCUACGAAAUCUACCCGUACUACUUCUUCAACACCGACAUCAUCCACAGCGUUACGUUCCGUAAGCUGUACGAUCAGAAGUUCGGCUUCGUCAGCAAUGGCAAGUACAACGUCGUCUACUCGAACUACACCGCCGUCUAUCCAGUCGAAUACUAUGGCGAAGACAAGCUUUCGUACUUCACUGAGGAUAUCGGAUUGAACGCGUACUACUACUACUUCAUGAUGGACUACCCGUAUUUCAUUGGAACCGAGAAGUUCAACCUAUACAAGGAUCGUCGCGGAGAGCUGUACAUGUACAUGUACCAGCAGCUGAUCGCCCGCUACUACCUGGAGCGUCAAGUGAACUUCAUGGGACCGAUUGAGGAGUUCGACUACGAUUUCCCGAUCAAGACUGGCUACUGGUCGAAGUUGAGCUACUACAACGGUAUUCCGUUCUUCGUGCGCAACGACUACUACUCCGUCUCCAAGGACUUCUACUACCAGCUUAACCUGAUCAAGGACUACGAACAGCGUAUCCGCCGAGUCAUCGAUCAGGGAUACUACUAUCUGGAGGAUGGAUCCAAGAUCGAUCUGCGCAAACCAGAAUCGGUUGAAUACGUUGGAAACAUGCUCUUCGCCAAUCCUGAUAGUGUUGACAAGGACUACUUCGGAUACAUGGAAAUUGUUGCUCGCCAGUUAUAUAGCGGUGGUGAGAAGUUCUUCAAGUACUUCCCGAGUGCCCUCAUGCACUUCGAGACCUCGAUGCGCGAUCCCUUCUUCUACCAGCUGUACAACCGCUUCCUUACCUUCUACUAUCAGUUCAAGAGCUACCUGAAGCCGUACACCUACGAGGAACUGUACUUCAAGGGAGUCGAGAUCAAGAGUGUUGUGUUCGACAAGCUCGUAACCUACUUCGAGUACUUCGAUUCGGAUGUCAGCAACGUCAUCCCGAUCAAGUCCUCGGGCGAGAAGUUCUUCGAUUUCUCGGUGUUCGCUCGUCAGAAGCGCAUCAAUCACAAGCCGUUCUCGUACACCAUGGAUGUGUUCUCUGAGUUCGCUGGCAAGGGUGUCGUCCGCGUGUACAUGGGCCCCAAGUUCUACGACUUCAAGCAGCUCGAAUACCUAAAGAAGUACUUCGUCGAGGUUGACCAGUACCUGUACGACUUUGUCGUUGGCAAGAACACCAUCGUCCGCAACUCGCGCGACUUCUACUACAGCGUUCGUGACCGCACCACCUACACCGAAUUGUACAAGAAGAUCAUGACUGCCUACAACGGUGGUGAGAAGUUCGUCCUGGACAACUCUGAGGCCCACUGCGGAUUCCCAGACCGUCUGCUGUUGCCGAAGGGUCUCCCGAGCGGCUAUGACAUGACGUUCUACUUCAUCGUGACCCCGUACUACGCCCCGAAGGUGCAGCAGUUCUCGACCUACGAAUACUCGUACUCGUGCGGUGUUGGAUCUGGCUCGAAGUACAUCGAUGAUCUGCCGUUCGGAUAUCCGUUCGAUCGUGACAUCGACUUCAGCUACUUCUACACCAAGAACAUGUACUUCAAGGAUGUUCUGAUCUAUCACUCUGACGAAUUCAAGGCCAACUCUUCUUUCUAACUUAAUAGACGUGUUACAUCAUCUUGGUCCCUGACAUCUAUGCCAAUGUAAUAAAUCAUUUCAAA